AUGAUCCGCUCCUCCUCGACUUUCAAAUCUCUCAUCGUAAUUGCUUCUAUCAUCGCUACAGCCCUUGCCGAGACACAGUGCACGUGGCCAGACGGCAGCGAAGCAAAAGGGUAUGCGCCCUGCGACCCCAACGCCGAGAAGUCCGCCUGCUGUCUCGUCGGCGAGAUCUGCCUAACAAGCGGCCUCUGCUACGGCAAAGUCGGCCUGAACUACCGCGGCGCCUGCAUGGGAGAAUGGGACGACGUGAACAUCUGCCCGGAUGCGUGCAAUAGUCUGAAUGGAUCCAGCUCCUCCUUCGUCAACAUCUGGCCCUGCGACGGGCAGGGGAAUACCGCGCCGAUGAAAUACUGGUGCGGCAAUGGCGAGUCUACACCCUGCGAGACGACGACUACGAAAGGCGCGGAUAAUGGGCUGUUCCUUGAUAUCGGGGGGAAGGGGACCCGCGAUAGCUUCAACCCGCAGCGGAUUCUGUCGGCGGAUUCGAGCUCGGCUUUGAGUACGGCGAAUUCCAGCACGAGCACGAGCACAAGUACGACGGCAGUCAAGCCAACCGAGAGCGCAGCCAAUACCAAUGCAACUGCCGAUGCGAACCUGGACACCGAAGAGGACAGCGCGUCCACGGACACGGGGAAAAUAGUGGCAGUUGGUGCCGGGGUAGGGGUACCGCUGCUAGUAGUCUCGUUGGUGUUGGCGGCUUGGGCGUUGUGGGAGAGGAGAGCGAGGAAGAAACUCCUCCAGAAAAUUGCCGCUGGCAUGGGUGGAAACGCGAGCUACCCUGCUCGCCAAAGCGCAGCCAAGCAGCUCCCCGACCAGGAGAUAUUUGAGAUUGGGUCGGGGCGUUGGCGGCCGCCUGUGGCGGAGAUGCAGGGGAGCGGACCUGUAGCUCGAAGAGCAGACAAUGCGAGUCUAAUCUGA